AUGACUCAUUGUAACCAUAUUGAACAGAUUAUUGGAGAACCAAAGCUCAGAGAUAAUGUAAUGAAAACAUUCAAUAUCACAAAAUAUAUUCUAACACAUUCAUCCCAAAAUGAUAAGUUAAUGUAUACUAUGUGUUGCUCGACAUGUAACGAGGUUAAUGCCGGAUCUAGUUUUAUAUGUUUACAAUGUGAAUAUGUAGGUUGUUGGAAUAAUACUCAUUUUAAAGACCAUUCUGUUCAGAAGAAUCAUAUUUUCGGAAUUAAUUCAAGUAAUCAAUUAUUAUAUUGUUUCAAAUGUCAGGAUUAUGUUGGAGAUGUUGAAAUGAUUAAUUCUUCUUUCCUAAACAAAUCAUGGGAUGAAAUAAAUAGUACCACAGAUAUUCCACAAAUGAAACGGAGAGAUGGUCUCUAUGGAUUUAUUAAUAUGGGAUCUACCUGUUUCAUCAGCAGUGUCAUACAAUGUUUGAUUCAUAAUCCUUAUAUUGUAAAUUUUUCAAUGAGUCAACAACAUUAUAACAAAUGCCAAAUUAAAGAUCCAACAGGAUGUAUAUCAUGCUCUUUAGAUAUCAUCAUAGCAGAAUCAUAUGGGAAUAUGGGGAAUAAAAAUUCAGAUAGUAGAACUCCAGUAGAUCCACAUGAAGGGUUCAUAUCAUUCUUGAACUGUGCGUGGAAGAUAAACCAGAACUUUGCUGGUUAUUCACAACAGGAUGCUCAUGAAUUUCUACAGUUUCUAUUAAAUCAACUGCAUAACGAUUACAAAAGGGUUGAACAUCGAACUAGCACCACUACUGAUGGAUCUAGUUGUAAAUGUUUGAUACAUUCCAUGUUUCAAGGUGCUUUAAAAAGUUCUAUUGUUUGUUCAAGUUGUAACGAUGAUUCAAAGACUAUUAUAGACCCAUUCAUGGAUUUAUCGUUAGAUAUUAAGGAUAAAACAACAUUAUAUAACUGUUUGGAUAGUUUUCACAAGAGGGAAACAUUGAACGAUUAUCAUUACCACUGUCCACAAUGUGAUACUACAGAUGAUCCAACAAAACAAUUAACUAUCGAUAAACUGGGGUCUAUGCUAACUUUACAGCUAAAACGAUUCGAACAUUUACCUAAUGGUAAUAAUGUUAAAUUAACAAAUUUUGUGGAAUAUCCGUUAUAUUUAAAUGUGACAAAAUAUUUCGAUGACGGUAAAACGGAUCAUCAAGUUAUUGCGAAGGAUAUUACAUUUGAGUUGAUUGGAGUUGUCUCACAUAAAGGUACAGUUAAUGAGGGUCAUUAUAUAUCUACUUUGAAAGUAAAUGAAGAUAAAUGGUUUAGGUUCAAUGAUUCGAUGGUUUCAGAAAUAUCCCAGGAACAAGCAUUAAAUGAUGAAGCUUACUUAUUAUUCUAUAUGAUUAAAGAAGUAAAAUAA